AUGGUAGGUGGUAGUGGUUGUCAUGUUGUUGAUGUUAUUGUGGGGGAUAAGAGAGUUGUGGAGGUUGAUGAUGGUAAUUCUUGUAGGACUAAUUCUGUAACUUGUGAGAGUUCUUUUGUGAAUGAUUGUGAUGAUGUUGGUGGUUUGUUGCGUAGUUUUUAUCCAAAACCAGAGAGAGUUUUGUUGUCUGCUAGUUGGAAGGGGAUUAUACAUAGUGUUGGUCAAGAAUUUGAAGGUGAAGUGCCGGGGUUCCGCAUUGCAUUGGCUAAGUAUGCAGUUGAGUGUGAUUUUGCAGUGAAUUAUUUGAAGAACAAUGCAACAAGAGUAACCGCUGAAUGUAUGAUGAAGUCGUCUACGGGUUGUAAAUGGUUUGUGCAUGGAAGGGUGUUGAUGGAUUCUGGUGUUUUUUUUAUAAUGAAGUUAGAUAAUGUGCAUACUUGUAGGGUUGUUGCUCGUAGAUCUUGUAGCAAAAUGGUUGGUUCUAGACUUGUGUCUGAUAUUGUGCAAAAUGAUAUUAGUGAUAAUCCGUUGACUCGUCCUAUUGAACUUCGAUGGUACCUUGAGACGGCUAUGAGAACGAAUCCGGGAAGUGUGUUUGAAUUAGAUGUGGAUGAAAGUAGUGGGUGUUUUCGGAGGUUGUUUGUGGCAUUUCAUGGAUGUUUGUAUGGCUUUCAAUUUUGUCGUCCGCUGUUGUUUGUUGAUGGUACAUUUUUGAAGGGGCAUUUGCUUGCAGCAACAUCAAAGGAUGGUAAUCAAGGUUUGUUUCCUUUGGAUUUUGCGAUUGUUGACCCUGAAAAUCAAGAUAAUUGGAUGUGGUUCUUAAGUCAGUUGUUGAAGGCUGUUGGUUCAGGCCGGAGAUUGACUUUUGUGUCGGACCUUAAAUGUGCUUAUGCGCCAACGGUUGCUUCUUUCCAACAUUAUAUGGAGAAAUUGAGGCGUAUUGCUAGGAAUGGUAGAGUUGAUAGUAUGUUGGAUGGUUUGCAAAAUGAUAAGUGGGCCAAUGCAUUUUUUAGAAGGAAACGAUAUGGUGAGAUGUCAUCUAAUGCUGCCGAGUCUUACAAUAAUUGGAUUGGUGGGGCCCGUGAGUUGCCUAUUACUUGUAUGGUUGAUAUGAUUAGGGUUCAAAUCAUGAUUCAAUUGUCGGAUAGAAGAGCUGAAUCUAGGAGAUGA